CGGACGCGCGUGUGCUCGGCUCACUUCACUUGGCCGGGCUGUCUCCACGCCACGCUCCCCACAUCCCCUUUUUCCCUUUUCCUCCUCUCCCCUCGUGUACCUGCUCUAGCUCUAUCGGUCUAUCCCUCCGCGUCGUCGGGCAUCUCGCCACCUCCAGGUCCAAGAGACCAAGAUCGAGUGAUUGCAGUAGGCAGAUUGCACGAGGGAUGGUCGCCGUGUCUACCGCGGCGAUGGCGAGCUCGCUUCUCCUCCGGCCGCGCGCCUCCUUCCGGCGGGCGCUCCCGCCACCGCCACCUUCCAGCCGCCGGGCAUUGCCAGCGCCGCGGGUUCAAGCAGCUAGCACCAAACAGGAGCAACCAGGCCGGCCGGCCGGGACGCGGCUCUACUCGCUGGCACCCUACCCUCUGCUGCUCGCCGCGCUGUUGCCGGGAGCUGAGCCGGUGACGGCCGUGUUCGCGCCGUUCGUGGAGCUGGUGAAGACGUGGGGCCUCCCUGGCUGGCUCGUGCACUGGGGCCACCCCGGCAACAUGGCUGUGGUGCUUUUUGCGAUGGGUGGCUACGGGACAUACCUCGGCUUCAGGAUCAAACUAUCAGAUGAUCCGGAAGAGAAGGCUAAGGCCAAAGAUCUCCACCCAAAGCUCCUUGCCGGCAUGUUCUUCUUCUUCGCCCUCGGUGCCACAGGUGGUGUCACUGCUCUUCUUACCUCAGACAAACCAAUCUUUGAAAGUCCUCAUGCAGUAACAGGAGUCAUCGGCCUGGCACUCCUGACCAUUCAGUCUAUUCUUCCAAAAUUGUUUGAGGGGAACCCAGGGCUUAGGACUACACAUGGUCUACUCGGCAGUGGCAUCAUGACUCUGUUUCUAAUCCAUGCAGCACUCGGCCUGCAGCUUGGGAUCAGUUUCUAACUUUUGGCUAGAAUAUCUUGGGGUUUGCUUCUUUCUGAUUGCUUUUUUGGAGAUUUAACUCACUCUUAUUAUUAUUCACACGAGGCAUCCCUUUAUAAAGCAAAACAAUGUAAGAGAAAGCAAAUUUACUAUCCUUCUCUUUGUGCGCAAUUAUAGUAAAUGGUAUCAUAUGCUAAAUUGCUAA